AUAAAGCACUCUAGUUUGCAAAAAAGUUAUCUUAAGAUGGAUAUAAGUGAUCCAAGAAGACAAAAACUAUGCAGAGUCCAUGUAUACUUUGGUAGUUGAUGCAAGGCCCAAGUGAUUGAUACUACAAAGAAAUUUGAUGACAAUAUGAGCUCCAUCCUUGAGAACUUCAAUCUUGGCGACAGAAAGAACGAUUACUGAUUGAAGCUCACUUCAGGAGGCAUAGUCGAACGAAAUGAUGUUUUGUUCCAGGAAGAUAAAGUCUGAAUACUACUCAAAGGCAAGGCUGUGGACAAAUACGAGAAGGAAUUCAACCUCAAAGAUGUUGAAAUGGCUCUCCAUACUGAAAAUAAUCCAGAAGGUGACGGUCUCAAGUACAAAACACCACUCACUAAGAAAAGAGGCAAGGAUUUAUUGGAUGAAAAUGAGGAGGAUUACGUGCCUGAAAAUAGCACACUUGUGGAGAAGAUAGACUAUGAUAGCCUUGAAUGUAUCCUUUUGUCCAAGAAAUUAACAAACUAUAAGGACCUGCUUGAUGUUGUCAAUAAUGAAUGGGCUAAAGCUCUAGGGUUCAGUUUGAAAAUGAAAAGAUCUCCAAAGGACAACUCAGAUGGCAGCAAAACUCUCAGGAUUUACUGCUGUAAACAUGGAGGAUCUGGUAGAGGGUACUGAAAAUUUGCUAUCACCUUCAAGUUUGAUGAGAAGAAGGAGUUUUGGCUACUCUAUCAGGAGUACAAUAAACUCCAGUUUAUUCAUAACCAUUCAUGAAAUGAAGGAAAUGAAAAUGAGCAGAAUGUUAGAUCAUUUGUAUCUAACUAUUCCAAGAAAGUAUCGAACAUUUCAAAGAUGAAUGAUCUGAUCCAGGAUACAUACAAUGCACCGAACGAUAGCCAGGUUGUCAAGAUUGAAGACCCCAAUGACGAAGAACGCAUGGCCGAUGAAGAUAUGGUCAGGCUUGUCGAGCUACUCAAAAGGAAGACCAAGGAGGAUGACAUCCUUGAAAUCAUCAAGAGUGAUGAGCAGAGCAACAAGGUCGGUAUGCUCUUUUGGUCUAAUGAAGAAAUGAGAAACAAAUAUCUUGCUUAUAGAGACAUCGUCUUCAUCAAUCGGAGGAUUACAAAGAACCGAUUUGGACUACCCAUGUUCCUAAUUUACGUCAUUACAAGUGAUGGAAAGAAUCAGCUUGUUGGAUUCUGACUUAUUAGUAAGGACACCCAGGAUGCUUACAGACUAUUGUUUGAAAGAUUCAAAGAUUACAUGGCUGAUAAAGCUCCAAAAGUAGUUCUUGUAGAAAGACAAUUGAUACUUCUUAGAGCUAUUAAAGAUGUAUUCCCAAAGACAAAAGUUUUGUUUGAUCCAUGGCAUUUACAGAGAUCUCUCCAGAAGCAGUUUGAGAGCCACGAUGAUAAAUUUCUUCACGAAGUGGCAAAUCUACCCCUUGAACCAAACGUCAGGGUCCUUGAAGAAGGAAUUGAGAAAAUGAAAACUUACGAUUUUAAGGAAAGCUAUAUCAAGAGUCUUUCUGAAAAGCUAAUCAACGAGAAAGAACUAUGGUCUGUUGCUUACCAAAAGACAUUCUUUACUGGAGGAAUAUGAGUUUGUCAAAGAAAUGAGCUCCUCAAGACUCAUCUUAGACUAUAUCUACUUGAGAGAAAGUACCCAGUAUCUGAUUCUUUCAGCAAGCUUAUCGGUCUCAAUGAGAAGGAAUUCAAGUAUACAGAGGAAUUCUCAAGUAUUGAUGGAAAAUUCAACACAGUUUUUGGAAAAGUGCCUUUAAUCUCAGUGUUUGCGAAGAACUAUCUUUCCCAUUAUGCAUACCAAAAACUCAAAUUUGAAGUGGCAAAAGCUACCAAAUUUGAAAUAGUCAAAAAGAAUGAGAACCAGACAGUAGAAGAACUCAGGACGCAAAACUCCUGGAAGAUCAGGUCUAUGGGAAUUCCAGAUACAGAGGCUAAGAUUUAUGAAUGUGUCAGGAUUCCAUCUCCCUUAAUUGACUUAAGUCAGAUGAAGAAAGGAGGAAAGACAGAUACAAUUGUGGUGUGUUCCUCCUUUGAAAGAACCAACAGUGGGCUUCCCGAUACUCCUAUUCUCACUCUCUUCCUUCGGAACAUCAUCGAUUUUGAGGAAUUGGUCUUCCACAAAAGAUGGUUUAAGGAUUAUGAGUGUGAAUACAGAUCUAAACUUAAUGAGAACCUCCUAUCUCAACUUUGAGAGGCUGAGACAGCUCUUGGUGAAUACUCAGUUAUGUGCUCACUCAAAGGACUAGCUCUGCAGGAUAGUAAACACUCUAAAUGAGAUGAUGAGCCUACAAGUGAUCGUACACGAGACUCUAUGAAGCCUGAAUAUUUCUCCAAAGACAGCAUCAUUGGUGCACUGAAGAAAACCAGGAGAACCAGGGCUGACCUCAUCAAAUCUAUUUCUCAUAGCAACAAGCUCACAUUCGAAAUUGUGGAGGAAGCCAAGGAGCAAGGUACCAAUAAGGAAACCAAGAAGAAGGAAGUCAAAGAGAGAAGGAUCGAGGACAUCCAAUUCACUACUAAAAUAGAAAUCGAUAAUUCUGAUAAAGCCCAAGAAUCAGACGAAGAAAUGACCUUUGAUGAAGUCAAGGAAGGCAUAAAGAAACAGAAAGUGACUACUCCUGUUGAAGACAAGGAUGUUGAGAUGAAAGAUGAAUCCAAACCUGCUAAACUUUCGAAAGAGUCUAAGUCUUCUCAACCUUCAAAGGAAAUCAAACCUCCAGUUAUCAAAAAGACUAUUAAAGUUGAAAAGCAAAAGAAGGAAACAAAGGAUAAGCAGAAGAAAGAAAAGAUCAGCUCUCAAAAGUCUAAAUCUGAUAAAGGCUCAAAACCAGUUGUUGCAAAGAAAGAUCCUCCCAAGCUAAAGGAGGAAAAGGAAGAAAAGAAGCCUUCUGAUAUUAAGAAGAAGCCUCAACUAGACAAGAAAUCCGCUGCAGUCGAGAAAAAAUCUCCUAAAGUGGAAAAGAAAUCUCCCAAAAUCGAGAAGAAGAAAGAAGAAUCAGCCUCAGGAUCGUCAUCUGAAGAAGAGGAUGACUCUAAGAGUCAGAAAGAGUCUUCCUCAGACGCCUCCAAAAGUGAGGAUGAAGAAGCAAUCAAAGAACCAGUAGAGAAGACUUCAACUAAAUCACAAGAAAAAUCUGAAGAAGAAAGCGAAAGCAGUGAAGCCGAAGGCGAAGACACUGAUAGUAGCGAAGAGGAGGAAUCCAGUGAAGAAAAAAUCAAGAAGACCAAGGAGGAAAAUAGCCAGAAAUCAACAGGCAAAAAUAACUCCCAAAAAGGAGCCUGCGCUUCCAAAGUUACAGUAGAGAAGAUAGAGCAGAGUGAAGAGGAAGAUGACACCUCCUCUGAAGAGUCCUCCUCGUCUGAAGAAGAAGAAGAGGAAGAGGAGAAAGCUACUAAAAAGAGAGACGUCAAGGCUCAGGAGAAGGAAAAUGAAGAAAGUGAGUCCUCCUCGAGCCAAUGUACUGAUACACGAGAUGAGAAGUCUGAACCAAAGGCCAAAGCUAGUAGAUUAAAGAAGGAGGUAGCUAAACCAGUUGCUAAAGCUGGUGUGAAGAGGAAGAGACAAGCUACAGGCAGCAAAAAGAAGUAUCUAAGAUAACUGGCAUAAUUCUAGAUUCAAACUUUUUUGUAUAAAUUUCAAUAU